CGCUGCGCCCGCCCCUCGGCCUCCGCCCCGGCGCCGCCGACCCUCGUCUGCUCCCGCCCUCGCCUGUGCGCGUCCGCCGGGGCCAGAUCCAGGCGGCAGCGAGGAAGCUGCACCGAGAGCCCGGCUGGGGAAGGCUGCAUGCUCCCGGCUCAGAGCGUCCCGGGCCAGAUGGUACUUUUCUGAAGCUGCUCAUCAAGACUUCUCAGCAUUGCUGCAGACAUAAAUAGGUGAGGCCAGAGGCCGUUAGGACUUCCCACUCCAUGAAUGCCGCCAGCCCGGGACCAGGACCUCACUGCUACUGCUGCCUCAGACCGCGGAACUAAGCGAACCUUGCCGCGACUUCCUUCCCGGGCCCCCUCGCAUCUCACCGCUGUCUUUCUGGAUUGACCCCGUGGACUCCUGCCUCGUUUUCCCACCGUGAACAUCAAUAUGUGUCAUGUCAUUGUCACCUGCCGCUCGAUGCUCUGGACCCUCCUGAGUAUCGUAGUGGCCUUUGCCGAGCUCGUCGCCUUCAUGAGCGCAGACUGGCUAAUCGGAAAAGCCAAGACCCGCGGCGCUGAGCCGGCAGACACGGACUCAGAGCCCUACUACCUGGGCAUCCUUUGCUUCCGCACGCCCGGCAUGCAGCAAGCCCCUAGGGACACACUGUGCGGGACUUACGCCAAGAGCUUCGGAGAGAUCGCCAGCGGCUUCUGGCAGGCCACUGCUAUCUUCCUGGCCGUGGGGAUCUUCAUUCUCUGCGUGGUGGCCUUGGUGUCCGUCUUCACCAUGUGUAUACAAAGCAUCAUGAAGAAAAGUAUUUUCAACGUCUGCGGGCUCCUGCAGGGAAUCGCAGGUCUGUUCCUUAUCCUCGGACUGAUACUCUACCCUGCAGGCUGGGGCUGCCAGAAAGUCAUAGACUGUGGAAGGCAUGCAUCUCCCUACAAACCUGGAGACUGCUCUCUGGGCUGGGCCUUUUAUACGGCCACUGGGGGCACGGUCCUUACAUUCAUCUGUGCUGUCUUCUCUGCACAAGCAGAAAUUGCAACCUCCAGUGACAAAGUCCAGGAAGAAAUCGAAGAGGGGAAGAACCUGAUCUGCCUCCUUUAGUCUGGAAGACACGAGUGCCACUGUUACCUUUCCUUAUGACUUGGGACACAGUCUUUGUCAUUUGAAUCGUGAGGAACCAGUCUUGACCUACCGGAGCCAUAUUCUACAGCCCCAGGCCUUCGUGGGACCAGUGAGGGGCAUCACCCACCGAGCAGAGUUCUCAGGCAUGCAGGCUGCAGUGCAAAUAAUGAGAGCAGACAAGGACAUGGUUUAGCCCCUCCGUCUGCCCAGGGCUCAAUGGAGGAUAGUGAUCUGACUCAGCGAUCUCUCUGGCAGUUGAGGAGAGGCCAGCCAGCCCCAGGGCGGCUUGAGGCAGGUCUCUGGUCCACAGCUGUGUGUCUGUGAACAUCUCAGAAUGAGGGCAGGAGGUGGUAUCUUGGUUUUCUUCCAAGUUGCUUCAAUUGAGACUGAAAGGAAGAUUACAAACUUACUGAUGACAGGUUGUAUGCUGAAGGUCACAGCAAGAUGCCAGGUUUUGCUUAGCAGACCAAAGGGCUCAACAGGGACAGUGUAAAAAUCCUGCUGCGGACUACUCUAGCUUGAGUUCCAGGGCAAGAGGCAUCCAUGGAACUAUCCUCAGGAUUUGAGUUAAGACAAUCACCCCCGGCAGUCAGGCAGAUGCUCCCUGCAGCCAGCCUAAAGUAGUCCUGUCUACUUAGAGUUAGUUUUCUCAUGGGUUUGGGGUUGUGCUCGGCUGCCCAGGAAAACUUCAAUAUUAAUUCCUUCGGAGGACAGCAGCCUCCAGACCAGCUGGGGCUCCUGCAGAUGUUCAGAGGGAGGGGCUGCCAGAAUGUACCUUUGCAGGGUGAGCUUUUCUGUCUGGUGACGGUGUUGUAUAGUCAGCUGGCUUCCGGUCCCAUUGGCAUGCUUUGCAGAGAAAGCAGGACCUAGCUUUGGCAACUUUUAUAGCUUCUGGUGUUGAGCCUGAGAACAGACUAGGUGACACUGAACCACUGCACCAAAAAUCCCAUCCCCAGGGAGGCAAAAAAAUUAAUACAGAAGUGGGGGCUGGGCCAAGCUCACCACAUCUGCCUAAGCAUGCUUACAAACCCCCACUAAAUACCACUAUUAGAAAGGACUCAGGGCUUUUAAUCCAGUUUCCAUAAAUUACCUAUAUAACCAAAGCAGCCAGAAAUACCAGUCUUGCAGAUAGAGACCCUCUGCAGUAGCAUAGUGGAGUGGACUCAUUGGGUUUUAGAGCUAUGUUCCACUAAGGGCUUUGUCUUAAAAGUUAAGUACCUUCUACUGGCAAGUGGUUGCUAAGCACAACCAGAUACACAACCUGAUUCAGAUUCUACAGCCUUGCCCCAGUGAAUCACUUGGAGCAUGUCAGUUUAGAACCAAGUCUUGCUUCAGAACAACUGCCUUAUAUAGAGAUGGGCUAGGCCCACUGGGGUUUAAUUAUAGUUUGUUUGCCCUUUGGCCUAUACCAGAAACCAUCUUAUCUCUCACGAAGAGAAAGGUUAGGGAAGACAGUAUUGAAUCAGAUCUUAAGUUCAGUUUUGAACCAGUGUUCAAAAUCAGCAAGGUAAAGAUGCUGUGGCUUUAGAAUGAGAGAGAGGCAGGAGGGCCCUAGGAAACAGAACAGAUCUCCAAGAGCAUGGCCACACAGCAUGUGGGAAGACUCGUCCUUCUGCCAGCACAGUGACUGUAUCCAACCUGGGCAAUACUUGGCGUGAAAUAGUUUUGUUUGACAAGAAUACUUUGAUUCAUUUUUAGGUAUUUUUACAUACAAACUAGUUCCAAGCCAGGGAUCCUGUAUGAAAGCCCAUUGCCUGUUCCUUUGGUAAGGUGGCAAUGGACUAUGUCAACCUGGUAACAGUCACAAAUGAAAAUGUGCCAGAUGAAGUUACUUAACGGUGUUUUUCAUUAAUUUAAAUUAGAGAAGGACCCCCAAAAGGGGGUAACAGAUUAAAUGCCACGCUAUUGAAAACUACCUAGAUGCUGACUUGAUGGAGCAGAGAGAGAAGGACAUCCAGCAUUUGAGAUCUUCAAACCAAGAUACAGACGUUUGCAGGGAGGGAAUGAAAGGCCUAUCUACAAUCAUGCCACUGUAGAGUGAAACUUUCCUUUGGCUCUUUAAAACCAUUUGUGGGCUACACCCAUUUUUCUAGUAAUAGAACCGUUCCUACUACAGGAAAGGUCUUUGCCUGUGUUUGUGCCCGGCCUCUCAAUGAACACUAAAGCAGAGACACGUGAAAUCUGUGAAUUCUUUAAACCUGUGUGGUAAUUCAACAGCAUGACAUAACUGUGGAAGGGUUUCUGUGUAGUUCUGAACAUCUGUGAUGUAAUGAAUGGUUUUUGUUAAACAUGCAUUCUGUAAAGUGCCAUAGUCUUUAUGUGUAGCAUAUUUAAAUAUAUAUAUCACAUAUAUACAAGUUUGUCUGAAAGAUGUGCAAUAACAAAAGUGUUUUGUUUGGGGAAACUGGACAUGCUUCAAAACAGAGAUGUUUCUGUUUUGCAAAGGAGUUAGACAUAUUUGCCUUCACAGCUAGUCAUUAGUCCCUAACAAUUUUAAUGCUAUGCAAACCUUAUGUGAAGAAAAGACUGGUAUGAAGUCAUGUUUUCCUGGGUCUAAAUGAAGAAAACGAUCACUGUAUUUAUGGGAGACUCAAUCCAGCAAGCCAGGCCCAGUCAGUGCUAGUCUUUUGUGUAAAAUGUGAAGCUGCCAUGUUGCCUUUUCUGUUAGCCUGAUAACUAGUUGCUGGUAUAGGCUAAAGAGCUAUUUUUCAUGAGCUUUUGUAGACCGUGUUCAUGCUAGGCCACUAUAUUUAAGGGCUAGUCUCACACCUUAGCCAUCAGAGUCUGGCUUAUGACAGACCAUUCUGUGCAAUAACAUGUGGCUGCUGGAAAUCCCGGGCCUGCAUCUGUGUUUAGGGGAGCAGAGACCCCCCAAGGCCAAAAGAAUACAAGGGAUGAGUGGGACUUCUGAGACUGUGGAGAAACUCCUUCUGUAGCCAACGGGGUCCUUAGGUGCUGUGAAGAAACUCAGCACCACUGGAUGUUCAAUAGCCACUUGAGCCAAAUAUAAAGUUGUACUUCCAGCUCAUGGACUCAAUUGGAGCCUUCCUAUGUGUGCUUAUCCUGUUAUAUUGUAAACUAAUACAUUCUUUGUCUAGCAUUGAUUAGGAUUCUUUCUGUACAUAGAAUUUCAGUGUGCUCCCUUCCUCCUUCAGAUCUGAAUUAAAUCAGAUUUUGCAAACGCA